AUGUCAAUGCAGGCGUUGGAACUCUAUUCGGACGCUUCUUGCGAUCGGGGAGUGUCGACAUCGAUCGCCUUAGGUGGUGCGUGUUCGAGCUCGGAUUGUUCAGCCACCAUUAUCGCAGGUAGCACGUACUACGCUGAAAGUAGCUGUUUGUCCGAUGUGUACGAGUACACGCAGGAUUUCUUCGACGAGACGCCCUAUUUGCUCGUUGAUAUGUACGCCGAGCCGGAGUGUUCCACGUAUGUUGGGUCAUCAGCUUUGGCUGCUUUGGGCGAGUGUGUAGCGGCUGGAAGUGAUGAUCGACACGUCGUUGCGACUCUGUUUACAAACGGAUCGGCCUUGGUGACGUACUACCUUGAUCAAACGUGCACUCUCCCUUCUUCUUCGUCGCUCCUGAUCCCCAAAGGUGCUAUCACGAACCACCCGUGCUCCAACGGCAGGAAGUAUUACUCAAGUUUGGAGGGUCGAGCUACCAAUGGCAUUGACAACUCGAACUCUUCCGAGUCAAAGGACGGUAUCUCCGGGGUGUCCAUUACUGGAAUUGUCGUCGCGCUUGUUCUUCUCGUGGUUGUUGCAAGUGCCCUCUUGUACAAAGUACAUCAGCAGCGUCGCCGAUCGAAACGGCAUCCCGGUCAAGAUCCGACUCAGCUUGACAUUGUCAGCAGUGACGGCUACGAAGAGCACGAAAGUCCAGUGAAGCUUCAAACGUCAACAGGAACGGGCUUGUCGAUGAACCCUCACCAUCGGCAUGCCAAGAUUUGGGACGAUGACGUUGUUGUUGCUGCACGCAUUCCUCGGGAUCAAGUCAAGAUCGAAGAGCUGCUCAGUCGAGGCGGAUAUGGAGAGGUGUACAUUGGGAGGUAUAAAGGGAGUCAAGUUGCGGUAAAGAUGCUACUUCCUGAGAAGAAGAAGGCCAUGUCACAGGUGAAUGCUUUUCUAUGUGAGGUUAAGUUGAUGGCAUGUCUGGACCAUCCUCGUAUUGUAUCAUUCAUCGGAGUUGCUUGGGACCAGCUUGUGGACAUUUGCGUGGUUUCCGAGUACAUGUCUGGUGGCGAUCUCAAGGCUCUUCUCACUGAGUAUGAGAACCGUGACCAUCCGGUUGGGUUUGACCAUCUGAAGGUCAAGAUUGCGUUCCACGUCGCGAUUGCACUGGCUUACUUGCACUCGUGUUCUCCUCCCGUGAUCCACCGCGACUUGAAGUCGAAAAACAUCCUGCUUGACGAAGCAAUGGAUGCAAAGGUGACGGACUUUGGUAUUUCUCGAGAACGGAUUGACGCUACCAUGACAGGCGGCGUUGGCACGUCUUUCUGGAUGGCACCCGAGGUGAUGAUGGGCGAGCGAUAUGACGACAAAGUGGACAUGUUCUCGUUCGGCGUCGUGCUCUCCGAACUCGACUCGCACGUUUUGCCGUACGCUUCAGUGGGUCGAAGCAGUACGAACCGUUCAUCCGGGACGCGUAACCUACCGAGCGCAGCGAUCUUGCAAAUGGUGGCAGCUGGCGUACUGCGCGUUGAGUUUUCGGAAGCAAGUCCCCGGUCGAUCGUCGACUUGGGUCUGGCAUGUGUUUCACUGGAUCCGAACGAGCGACCUACAGCGGCUGAAGCAGUGCAAAAACUUCGGCGAAUACUGACUGAGGAAGUAUAG